AUGUCUGGCUUCCUUUUGCCGAUGGUAGUAGUAAUGUUUUGUCAUGUAGAACUGCUCCCUUACUCAGCCUCGAGUAAACUGAUGGAAAAGGCCAUUCAAUUGGGGCGACAGAAUUCCAGGGGAGCCAAUGGCAUUAUCUACCUCCUAUGCUACCAGGGCCGUCGUCUUUGCAACUAUAGGUAUCCAAUUAUCAUAUGGAGAACGGGAAUCGACCAUCUUCACGACAUAAAGUAG